GUCUAAUGCCAUGUUAGCAAUUUUAAAUGAUCAUCUUUUUACUCUGCGCACGUCACAGUAUGACGCCUUUUUGAUUGAUUCGCCUUUUUUCAUCGAACUCUUGGCUUCUCCGCAUAGGCGUCUUGUCUAAUAGUAUAUGUAUAUGGUUUAAGAUUUACUCAACAGAGUGUAGUUUACCUCAGGGAGCGUCAACUCUAUAGGAAAAGUUAGGGACAUUUUUUUAUUAUCAUCUCAGCUAUGUAUGACAGCACUUCGUAGAAUCUUAUCUUACAUGUACAAUUUUUUUGUUAAUUUUCUUCUUAUAUAUAAUUUAAUUAAUUUAUUAUUAUUUAUCUUAAUUUAAUAUGGAAAAGGUUUUUUAAAUAAGGUAUAAACAGACCCGAAGAUAACAAAAAAACGCUUCGCUUUGUAGCUUGGUACAAUCUGGUACUAUCUGAUAAUAUGUACUGCAUGACGUCUGAAGCCGUAUGUACUAACUUAGGGGACUCCCUGACGCGUAUUUUAGAUCUCGUUCAAUCCGAUCAGAAUUCUUUAUUACUGCACAUUGUAUGUAACAAUUUCAAGUCUUAGAAGAAAAUACAUUUGGUGAAAAAUAGACUUUCUGCAUACAUGUUCAGUAUAAUUUUGGCUAAGAAACUAAUAUAGAAAUGGGUAAUCAACCAAGUGAACCAACAGCUUUAUCUAAUGAUGGAGAUAUAACAAAGAAUUGGCUCAAAUGGAAAAAAGAAUUCCUCGAAUAUUUAGAAAAGAAUAAUUAUACUGAAAAAUCAGAAGACUUAAAAAUCCAUUUAUUAAAAACGAAUAUAGGAGAACAUGGUCUGCAUGCCAUAGCCACAAUAGAUAAUUGUAAUAAUUUAGAAAUGUUAUUAGAGAAACUUGAUACAUUCUUUGAAGUUCCAGAAAGUGAAGUUGUAAAACGAUACAACUUCUUUACUAGCUUACCUAAGAAAGAUCAAUCAAUUGAUAAUUACAUUCUUGAAUUGAAGGAGAAAGCAAUAAUUUGUGAUUUUGGGAACUUAACAGACAGUUUAAUUAGAGAUAAAAUAAUUAUCAAUAUAACAGACAAACAGCUUCAGUCAAAACUAUUGGAAACAGAAGACCUCAAUUUGAUCAAAUUAAUGUCUGUUUGUCAUGACUAUGAAAAACUAUACCUACAUAAUGUACCUAUGAAGUACGAAAAAUGUUAUAGAACAAGUAAUCGAAUGCAUAAGCAGAAAGCUUGUCCUGCUCAUGAACAUAAAUGUGAGAAGUGUGGUGAAUGUCAUAAUUUCACUAAUUGUUGUACAAAGAUCAGUCCAAUACGAAGUAUAUCAAAUCUCAAUAUCAAUCACCAAAAACAUGAAUUCAAUCCCUCUUAUAGAAUUGCAAAUGAUACGACAGGAGCAAAUAUGAGAUGUGAAAUGCCUGUAUUUUUCAAGGUUAGUUACCCAUAGCCUCGGCCCUGUCGG